UAUUGAUGUGUCCUUCGAUGUGGGGCUAGCGAUGCCCGCUACAGCGCCUGAGUUGGGUUUGAGCCUGACGGAUGACCACUGGCGAUGUCGCAAGGAGGCCUGUGAGAAGAUCCUGCGCCUGGACACGGGCUCGGGGCAGCUGGUCUUCAACCGCCUCACGGCCACCUUGAGCGAUGGUAACUUGCGCGUACGGCGCGCUGGUGCCAGCACGCUCGCCGGGAUGUGCCUACCAGAGGUCUGGGGCAAGAAGCCGGCAGAGUUCGGUGCCCGGGCCGUGUCAGAGCUGACAUGCCACCUUGCAGACGCAGACCCCUUGGUUCGGAAGGUGGCGCGGGAGCCGCUGGACCAGUUGCAGCGCCAGGCCCUGGUGGGUGACGUGGUGGUGGCAGGCCAAGCGGCCCUGCCACAGCUGAAGGCCCGGCUGGCGGACGAGGACUGGCAGGUGCGGGACGCCACGGUGCGCGCGUUGGGCACCUUCGGCCCCGGAGCUUUGUCCCUGGCCCAGGAUAUGGCGCGGCUGCUGGCAGAUGACAGCGCGGUGGUCCGGGGCUCCGCGAAGAAUGCGCUGGACAGCCUGGUAGGAGUCGGGCUGGCGGCAGCUGACCUGACAGUGGUGGUGCAGCCGAAUGUGCGUCUCUUCGUGCAGCGGCUGAAGCACGAGGACCCCAAGGUGCGAUGCGCCGCCUGCUGGGCGCUGGGCUUCGGGGCGGGCACCGCCGUGGGCCUCGCCACGAUGGCAGACCUUCUGGUCAUUGAAUCGAACCCGCUGCUCCUGCUGGUGACCAUCGAGGCCAUGGGCUUUAUGGGCCUGGAGGUGCUGGCGGCGGCGCCGGAGCUGGGGCUGUGCCUCAAGACCUUCCUGAGCCAGGCCAGAGAAGAGGACAGGGUGCCCAUAGAGGCGGCGGACGAAGCUGUGAGGCAGUUGGGUACGAAGACCCUGCUGACGUUACACCAGGAGAUAGUGAAGGUCAUCGGCCGCGCCAUUGGCAAGAACCCCCGGGUCAAGGACGCAGUCGAUCGAGCCCAGCACUAUGCUUCGAGGAUCGGGCGGAAGACCCAUGUGCAGCGAGAGGAGGGCGUGGAGGCGCUCAUGGGGUUGCAGCUGCCCCACGUGGCGGCCAUCACCGAACUGCUACGCAUCAUCCUGGACCCAGCCUGCCCUGGCGCACAGGCUGGCGCGCCCAGUUUGUACCUCGCCAUCGAGACCCUGGAAAAGUUCAGGGAGGCGAAGUUGAUGGGCGGAAUGGACAUGAGCCGCUCGGGGACGGACAUGGUGAAAGGGCUGCUUGUCUGCCUGGAGGACGAGAGCUGGCAGGUGCGCCUGGCCAGCGCCGAGGCGCUGGCGAAGCUCAGCUGCGCCAUGCGCGCGCCCUUGAACUGCAUCCGGAAGCACAAGGCCUCCAAGAAGCCCCAAAUGCAGGAAGCGGCGACCAUCCUGUGGCAAAAGAUGGAGGAUAAUCAGGCCUGGCUCAAUGUCCGGCAGAUGUCGGAGAGCGCCAUCCGCCUGCUGAGGACCUUGAGCAACUCGCCCAGCAAAGCAGGAAACCUCAGCGACCAGGAGAAGCAGUUCAUCCGCACCGUGGCCUCCUCGACCAUGAAGAGCCUCAUCGACGCUGGGCUGGCGGAGAAGAGCGGGCUCUCGCAUGAGAAGGAUCGCAAGAAGAGGGAAACCAGGAAAGAAGACGCCGGAGGGCGCGGCCGGGAGCCGCCCUGAGCGACGUCUGAGAAACCGCCCGGCUUCGGUGCCCAGAGGUGGCCUCGUUAGGUCAGUUUGAGCUAGAAAUGGAUGGGUUCC